GAACAAUGCUUACAUGAUACUGACUAAAACAUUUACGUCAUACUGCCUGAUGAUGAUUUCUUGGGCAUGUACUGUGGAUGUAACUUCCAGCCUGGACAGAGCACGGUGUCACGUGAAGUUUGAAGAGCCUAGUGAAUCUUACCGGUACUUCUUUAUGAUAUGUUAUACAGGCAUCAGAACGGAGUUCUAGUAUAGAAAUAAUGGACUUGCUUGGGUCAUUUUAUACCGUCUUACGCAUUGUUGAAUCAGCAUGCGUGGCAUCUCUUACAUGUCGGCGUGGUGGGGCGUGACACCUGCCUGGUGGGACACUAGGGAAAAUUCCCUACUUAGCAUCAAAGGGAAAUUUCCCUUUGAUACAGACAAUAACCAUAGCGGCUUGAAUAGGCACUGAACUUAUUGUGUCAGCCCAAAUCAGUGAAGGUCGCACGUUAUGGGCGAGCAGAUGCUCACACGGAAAUCUAAAAUGAAAACAGUUUGUGCAUGCCAACGGUGACGAUUUGCAAAAGAUAUCCACUUAGAAGUCGCCAUGAAAUACAAUUGUUGGCUCAAGAACAAGGACUAGCAUGGAUGCUAAUUUUGAAGGAAAAUCUGUGCAUUAAACAGUGGUAACUUUAAAAAUUAUUGUUAUGGGACUGUAAUAGUUUAGUUAAUGUUUUUAAAAUGCGUAAGAAGGCAUUUUCCUGUUUGUAUAACGAUGACUAUAGGCAACCGUGAACGAAUAAAGAGUCUAUCGAGAGUAAAUUAUCUGCAAUCUUGUACUUUGAUGUUCUUGAUUCUAAAGCAAGACACUCGAGCUCAUACAGAGAGCUUUGAGUCGUUGUACACUUGCUACAGCUGGGUCUUUAUGUACAUUUCGGACAGACCAUCUAGACAUACUUCGAAAGGGUCUUCUGAAAACGGUCUUAGUAACCUGCCUAUCAGGCUCUCUGCCACCAAACCACCAAGGCGGACAGAUCAUGAUUACGCCAGUUAGAAAAGGUGUGAGAUCGAUCACGAGUCGUUUACCAAAUGUGUGAAAAAUGUGUGAACGUCUUAGAGUAAAGUUAUUAAACAUGUAUUAAGGUUUGUUAGUACAAUCAAUUAUCUCAACUCGAGCUCACAGGUGAUCAAUUUCGUGAUCUUGAAUCAGAACAAUUGGAUUAUUAAUUGAUAGCGCUUAAGCGUUAAAAAUCAACCAUAGCAGUGUAAAAUCAUUAACGCUUUAGAGUGUAGAUUAAACAACAGAAAACUAAAGAAUAAGCAGGAGAAUGAGCAAUUAAUUAUUUAGCUAUGAUUUCAGUGUUUCAACUUUAUUACAUUUAAUCAGUUUUAUGAGUCUGUUAUCUACCCACGUAAUAUUGCCAAAUAUGGCAGAUCACAUGUUCCUUUUUAACUUUACUAUAUAGUUAGCAAACAGCCUAAUUAUGUAGUUAGUAGUCAGGAAAAACUCGAUGGAGAUGGAACUCAGUGCACUGAACCGACUAUGGCUUAUACUAAUUUAGCUCAACCUCAGGUGGGAAACUACAAAACAGAACUAGAAAACCUGAAAAUCCAAAAACAACAUCAAAAGAAAAGAUAGCUAGCCUUUGUGAUCGCAUGACGUUUUGAAGAAGAGUGGCAUGGACAAGCCUACGAUCAUUGGUAUAUAUUGUGCGCCGCCGUUUAACGGUUAAACGUUGUUGAACUACUGCAAUUUGAAGGCGAACACAAAACAAUGCCGAGUGACUUUGGUAAAGAGCCCUCAUGUUUAACUUUAGUGCAAGAAUACUAUACUCACUCAUGCCGCAAUAUCAAGUUAAAUGAAGACAACAAAAUCAGACUUUGAUCUAUUACUCAAAAUGAACUUCAUAUCAAUAUCGAAGUUUCAAAAAAGAUGGAAGGAAACCAUAAUCUGGCCUGGGCGGCACAGAUGUGACUUACUCCUGAAAUAUUGAAAGAAAAUAGCGUCUAUUUCUUAGACGAUCAGCUAAAAUUGCAUUAAAGCCUCAAAAGUUAUCAUUUGAGUUACCAGAAGAAAGAUGGUAUAGAAUUCUGAUCGUUUAUUACUGAAGUGUAUUUAUUGGGCUACCUGUGUUUCAUUUUACGUGACUGGACACGUCAUCUAUUUAUUAUAAUCAUGUUAGUAAGCACGUUAACUUUCACAUAGCUAGUUACUCAAUUUAUUGUAAAUGGAUUGUAUUUGAAAGGUUGUACCGAAUUCUUGGUUUGCAAUAAAUCAUAAAUCUUUCGAAAUCUUGACUCCUACACAGUCUCCUGCUCGGCUAGUGAUGCAUGACGGGAAGAGGGACUUUCCCUUUUAUAUAUUGGAGAUGUGGCUGUCUAACAACCGAAACUAUUAUACAAUACAGUAUAUGGUCAGCAAAAAUGAGUCGUUCCCUAGAAAUUAGUAGAGGGACAACAAGCAAUGAAGACUUGGUCAAACGUAAAGCACAGAGUCUUGUCACAAAUAUUGGCAAAUCAACCGAAGGCAUAGACGAAUAUUUUGACCCUCCUCUAGAGAGCAAAUACGAAUGUCCGAUUUGUCUUCUUGGCCUAAGGGAACCAGUUCAAACACAGUGUGGUCACCGCUUCUGCAGAAACUGUAUUGUCCGAUCUUUAAGAGAUGCUGGCAACAAGUGCCCUGUUGACAAUGUACCUCUGUCAGAAUCCGGACUCUAUCCAGACAACUUUGCCAAGAGAGAAAUGGGUAUGUUCACUGUAUGGUGCAGAUAUCACAAAGAAAGAGGAUGCCCAUGGAAAGGA